AUGGGCUUUGCCCUUGCUUCCGCGUUUCUCGACAAAGCCUACCGAGUCACUGUCUGGAAUCGAACAAUCAACAAGGCAGACCCUCUGGUCUCGAAGGGAGCCAUUGUGGCCGAUUCCCCAGCCAGCUGUGCGCAGUCCGGCACUACUGUGAUCAUCUCUCUGGUUUCGGACGACGUGGUUCGGGAUGUAUUGUGCAAAACCUUCACGCUCUCCGGUCGUACAGUCGUAAACCUUACGACUAGCCGACCUCGCGAGAUUCAAGAAACCGCCGACAUGUCUAUCAACAGGCUCGGCGCCGCGGGAUACCUUCACGGAUGCAUCCUAUCUAUGCCCUCCCAAGUGGCGAGCCAGCAGGCGACCAUAAUCUAUUGCGGACCGCAACCUCUCUUUGCAAAAAGCAAGCAGAUCUACGAGUCCCUAGGCACAGCAAAAUGGCUCUCAGAUGAUCUGCAGCAAAUUUCGCUAAUGGAAAAUGCCUCUAUAUCAAUGGUCGCGGGCGUGUUUGCGGCAUUCUUCCAAUCCCUGGCCCUUGCCGGUGUGGGAGGCAUUGAUGUAGUCUCCUUCACAACGCAGGUGAUUUUGCCGCAGCUGCAGCUAUUUCAGGAAUUAUUGCCACGGCUGGCGAGGCAGGACCAGGAACGGUCUCACUCGAUGUGCCAAGAUGGUAUAUCUGUCGAAACAGCGUUGGCAUUGGUAUCCAAUGCAUGCGAGACGGCAGAAACCUCUGGUGUCUCUAUACGAUUGCUUCAGGGCUUACAGUGUCUUUUAAUGGAGGGAACUAAAUUGGGAAAGGGCUCUGAAGAUCUUUCCUCCAUUAUCGAAAUGCUGAGGGGUCCGCAUUGA